AUGGGUCGGAUACUCCUAGCUGUUCUUGUCGCCUUCGCGUUUGCUUGUAGCGCUGAGGGUGCUCUCAGGCGCGGAUUAAGAGUGAAAUUCAAUGUCGGAUUAGGCGUCGGUACCGAUUUCUUCUUCGAUGUUCCACGUACUGUCCUCAGCGCGAUUUUCGAUGGCUGGAGUGUCACUCAGGGUGAGGCCAACCUCCCCAACUCCAACUUGACCAUGUACUGCCACCCGGAACGCGUGCUUUGCAGCUUCUUCGACAGCACCGACAGAAUUGCUGGUCUUCAAAUCGCUCUUGACCAAAGCGAAUUCUCCGACGCUCUGUUUGACUGGAGAGUCCAAGGUUUCUCAGAAUGGAGGCCGCCAGUCACUUUUGGACAAAGACGCAGGACCUACUGGACAACACAGAUAUUCUUCGUAUCCCCAGGCGCAUCUUCCUUGACCGUGUACGACGCGAGAAACGACUUCGUCGAUGUAAUAAGGGAAAACAAACUCUUCGUCACUGGCAUCAACAAAGAACUCCUGGUUAUUCCGGGAGACGAAGCUGAUAUUAAAAGCAGUAUUUUCACAGAACAAGCUUGCAUACCAUGGAUGGGUCGUCACUACUACUACAACAUGUCCGAGAGCACCCCCUGCACGUCCGAGGGCAUCUACCCCUGGUUCCCCCUCUACAACUCUGCCAAAUUAGAAGGAGUUGGCUUCUUGGUCGCUGGUAAAUUGCAGCUCGUGAGCGGAAGACGCGACUGGUUCGAGCGACCACCAGAACUAGCUGUUAGGGCAAUUGUACCUCGUGGACCCCAAUGCCUCUACGACCUAUCCAGGGAGACCGGUGUUGUGACCAUGCACAUUUACUUCACCGACCAACCCUGGCAGAUCGGAUGCCCUCUGUGGUGA